AUGCAAUAUUAUUCAUACGGAGGUGGAGGUCCUGGACAAUUUGGUGGUGGAGGUGCAAGUGAUAUAAGACUUCUUCCAGGUGAUUACGCUAACUUUACAUCAUUGAAAAGUCGAAUUAUCGUUGCGGCUGGUGCAGGGGGUCCAGAUACUGGAGAUUUAGGCGGUCCUGCAGGAUCCCUUGAAGGAUUUAACAGCAAUAAUAAUCAUGGAAACGGAGGAACUCAAACAUCCGGUGGGCGUGGAUAUGUCAAUGGAUCUUUUGGAAAAGGAGGAGGAAAUCCAAGCAAACUUGAUGCAUCUGGAAAUGGUGCAGGAGGUUCAGGCUAUUUUGGAGGUGGCUCAUCUAAAAAUAGCCAUGAUUAUGGCGGUGGUGGAGGAAGUAGUUUCAUCAGUGGUUAUCCAGGAUGUGUUGCGAUAACAGAAGAUUCAACAGAAAAUUCGAUCAAAUUUCGAACAGGUGAAUUCACAUCAAUUCACUAUUCAGGAUUAAAAUUUGAAAAAUCAUUGAUAAUUGAUGGAAAUCAUCAAAUGCCAUCACCAAAUGGCACUAAUGAAACAGGUCAUUUUGGAAAUGGUUUCAUCCGAAUUACUUCAUUUUCUUUAGAUGCAAAUUCAUGCGUAUUAAAUAUUUAUUCAUCAUUUCUUAAUAUGUUUCUUCUUGAGUUUUCUAUUUUCAUAUCAUCUUUUGAAUAA